GUGAUAGAGAAUUGGGAAGAAGGGAAGGGGGUACUGUUAACAGUUGCGGAGCAAGAGUGAGAGAGUGAAAUAAAGAAACGGUGCGUUUCACAUUUCUAAAUCAUCACAGGCUGAACCAAACCCGAAACCAUAAAUCGACCCGUUCACGAAGAGGAUAUCCAAACCAAACCCUUGGUAUAAAUAGUAAUUUUGAAAUCACGCUGACAUUUCUGGCCAGAGCACUUUACCGAAAUCCACCCGAAUCCUCUCCCCCACAAUCGUCGAACUCGAACCCUAGUUACGCAUAUACUGCGGGAGGAACAAAGAGACAAUGGCUAACGCAGAUGCGGAAGCGGUGGACUUCGAGCCGGAGGAGGAUGAUCUGAUGGAUGAGGAUGGAGCAGUCGACGUCGACGCCUCACCUCGGGCUCCCCUCCCCAAGCUGAAGUCUGCAAUUACCGGAGGUUCUUCCUCUCUCUCCGCUGCCAGAAAGACGAAAGGCCGUGGCUUCAGAGAGGAGGCUGAUGCCGACAGGCAGACCCGCCUUGCCUCUCGAGACUUUGAUUCCCUUGGCUCCGAUGGUGGCCCUGGUCCCCAGCGAUCUAUUGAAGGAUGGAUUAUUCUAGUCACCGGAGUGCACGAGGAGGCACAGGAGGAUGAUUUGCAAAAUGCUUUUGGUGAUUUUGGCGAGAUAAAAAAUUUGCAUUUAAAUCUUGAUCGCCGAACUGGGUUUGUUAAGGGUUAUGCACUGAUAGAAUAUGAGAAGUUUGAGGAAGCACAGAAUGCCAUAUCAGCAAUGAAUGGAACUGAACUUCUGACACAGAUCAUCAAUGUUGAUUGGGCCUUCAUCAAUGGACCCAUCAGAAGAAAGAACAUGAGAUCAGGACGAGCACAUCGGUCUAGGAGUCCUAGGAGGAGAUACUAAUGCGCUGUAUUUGUUUUUGUUGAGAAGGUGUAUGGAUUUGCAUUAAGGUGUUUGACAUUAAUAUUUGUCGUGGAAGACAAAAAUUGGUUUAUGUUUGAAUGGAGUUUAUGGAUUGGCCAUGUGUUUGCUGAGAAUCCCUCACUUCUCCCCCUUCCAAUUCAAUGGCAAUUCAGCACUAAUUUACAUUUGUAACCAUUAAGCUUAGUAAUUUUGUUUAUUGUGUUUUUGAGAA